AUGGCUAUGUUUAAAGGCGUACAUCUUCCAAACGAAAAGGGUAAUUGAAAAAGUGUAAAAUCAUAUAAAAGCUAAUUUUUUAUGCUCUAUUGAAAUUCAAAUAAAAAAUUAAGUCGUAUAGAAACUUUAAGCCAAGUAUUAAUUUGCCUAUAGACACCAAGAAUAACUCUAAGCGAUUGUUCAAAUGGGCCGGGCUAGCCGGGAUGAAUCGUGUCAGAAUUUUUUCCUGACCAUAAAAGAUAGUUUAAAAUAACUUUAUAUUCUUAUUGGAAUACCGUUAUUAAAAUCCGAUGCAUACAUGAUAGCUCUACAUUAUGAUAGAUAUACAAUUAUAUUAACUGAUUGCAAGUUAUUUUUCCAAAAUACCUAGAGCAAUUAUAGAAACCCGACUUACUCUUCACAUUUCGUUUUGUGUUUGUAGUGGAGGGCGUGUCUUUGAAGUAUUCAACUCUACCAAACGAAAGUUUUGUACAGAUAGUGACCAAAUAUAGUGGGGUCAAGACUGUUUGUUGGCAAAGUUUAACGAACGAGGCCGCGAAUAUUGUUUGUCGUCAAUUGGGUUACACGAGAAUGGCGUCUAAUGUUAGUAAAGUCCCUCCAUCAAAUCAAGAUGCAAUAUUUUCUGGAAGUAUAGAGUGUAGCAGUGGAGAAAAAAACUUAUCUCAAUGUUCCUUUACCAUUUUUGAUGAAAGUUGUUCUGAGAUUUCUUACAUAAAAUGUAAGUUUUACACAAAUGAAUACACGAACGGAAGAAAGCAGAGAAGACAAAGAACGUAACAUUUAUUUCUUAUAUUUUAGGUUUUAUUUGUGAUAGAUCUCCGCAAUUAGAAGACAAACAAAGAUUUCCAGAUUCGUCAUUCACUGCCUCAGCUUCUUCAAAAGGUCGCAGUCCCUCUGAUGCAACAAUAUCUAGUGGCAGUUCUUGGUGUGCUCCUGUCGCGGAUAGCAAACAUUAUCUUCAAGUGGACUUAGGAAGACUUUAUGUGAUAUAUAAUUUCGUAACAUUUGGUGACACUACUAGCCCAAAAUGGGUGACCACAUACAAUUUGAACUACACUGUUGAUGGGAUAAACUGGAAAUCAGUUUGGAACCAUGCGGUAAUUGCUAUUUACAUUAUUUUUAAGCUAAGUACUAUUUAAAACAAGAGUAGGAGUGUUUUAUCAGAUAUAAAAUGCGAGGCGCAGCCGGGUGUGUUAUAUCUGAUAAAACGCGACAACGAGUGUUUUGAAUAGCUUAAAAUUCGACUACAAAAGAAUACUAAUUAUAGGAUGAACAAUUAUAUAAUCAUACUAAUUAGGAUGAACAAUUAUAUAGAGAAUACUAAUGAAGAUGAGUUUAUCAGAUAUAAAGUCACUCCACGUGAUAUAUUAUGGCUGAUGUGAUUUGCCACAAGGUUUAUGAAUUAUUAAUGGGUAUUUUAACACAUUUUAUAAUAUAUUUUGUGAUGGGACGAAAACGGUAUAACUUACAGAAUAGUAAUAUUUCUUUAUUGCAAUAUUGUCUUUAGAUCUCGGGAAACAAACUUGCUUACAAUGAUGCAGCCAUACAAGAUUUCCCUGAAGGCAUAACAGCAAGAGCUUUACGUUUUAUUCCAUUGAGAUAUGAAGGUGAACCGUGCAUGAGAAUCGAGAUCUGUGGUGCUAGUAAGUUAUUAUAUUUAACUAUUGAUAAUUCUAUAUAGUUUCCAUAAAAGGAAUAAGUGAACUAUUCAUAUUUCGUUGCAUGGAAUUGUUAAGCUUCCAUGUAUAUCACCAGCUGGUGUUAUCUUUAUAUAAUAGUAAUGUGAUUAUCAAGUACCAAUAUUACCCUAGCUUAUUAUCGAUAAAAUUUCUUCCCCAGCACGACGUGUACAUCCAGCUAGCUUAUACAGAUGCAAGUAUAAUAUAUCUUACACUUUGAUUUCUUUCUUUCUAGCUCUGUUUCCAGAUAAACCUACAAACCUCACGUUCACCAACAUCAAGUCAAGAAGUGCUGAAAUAUCUUGGAUAAACCCAGAGAACACAGGAGAUGGAGUUCUUACAGGAUUUUGGAUUAUAAUAAAGAAAGAGAACUCCUCAAUACUGAAUAUUAUCACAAAAAAAGUGAAAAAAUACAAAUCAGAUAAUCUCUCUCCAUACACUACAUAUGAAAUAUCCGUGGCUGCUGGAAAUAAAAAUGGUUUCAUUGAAGGGAAAACAACUUCGUUCACAACAUCUGAAGACGGUAAGAAUUAGAUAAACGUGUUUAUCACAUACUUGUACCUUUAUCAGGUAGGAAGCAGCGGGACAUAAAAACGAUAUCGUCCCGGAUAUCGUUUUUUGUCCCGCUAAAUUUCGCACCUUGUCAAAACAAAGAUGGCCGACUCGAGGUUCGUGUUGGUUGAUGUCGACAGUUUUAUCGAAGGAAACAAGAACGAUAAUACAAAACGAAAGACUUAAAUUGUAUAUUAUUUAUAUGAAUUGUCUAUUUAUUUUCUAAAAUCAUAUUUGUUCAGUAAAUGAUGAAUUUUUUUGAAUUCUAAAAUGAUCCUAUUUUUUCGAAACUGUUUACUUUUGGGUGUCAAACCCUGAUAAAGGUACAAGUAUGUAAUAAAUAGGUUAUCGUACUCGGAAUUCGGUGAUAUCAGUUUUAUCGCUCUCGGGACGAUAUCACAAUUGUCCCUCGCUCGCUGCGCUCGCUCGUGACAAUUAUGAUAUCAUCCCUCGAGCGAUAAAACUGAUAUGAUAACCCUUAUAUGAUAACCAAUAUAUAUACAGUUCCUAUACGAAAUGAUAUGUUACUCUGGGUGUGAAACUUUCUGUCCUUUGUCCCAAAAUCGGUAAGUGUUUUUUAGAUGCGUUGAUGAAGAUUGAUAUUUUUUAUAUUAUAACACAUUAUGGUAGAUAUUAGUAUGAUCUUCGUUUUCUAUUAUCGACUAAUUUCUUCUUAAACGUUUCUGUUUGCAAAUGUUAUAGCCAGUGUGCUGGUUUUGUGAGACUAGUUUUGUGAGAUUAGAACAACUCUCCCACACAUGCAAUGGUGAUAUUCUCGCACACCAUGGUUAAGAUUCAGUUGAAUUGUCAUGCAUUAUUAUCAAUUAUGACCCCUUCCAUACACCUCAAACUAAUACAACUUCUUAUUUUAUAAGAAACAACUUACCAUAUUAUCUCAAUUGAUUUUUAGGUCCAGAAGGUCCUCCAUUGAAUGUUACAGUGAUUGCAGAAAGCUCAUCAUUAUUAUCUGUCACAUGGGAACCUCCUAAAAGAGACAAAAGAAAUGGUAUUAUCGUCAGUUAUACUGUGUGUAUCUCACAUGAAGAAAGUAAACCUUGUUUUAGAGAAUAUACUACAAAGAAUAAGAUGAUAGUCAUCGACAAUUUGUUUGCCUCAACCAAAUAUUAUGUUCGUGUUCUUGCAAGUACUAAAGUUGGUCGUGGCCCUACAGUGAAAGUAAAGGGAAAUUUACCAAUGGAAGUAAGUGUCGCCUUUCAUUUAAACGUAAUGCAAUUUUAUAAACAUGAGGCUUGUAGUUUUAUCAUGUUUACCCAAAUCUACAUAUUUUCUUACAGAACAACUAGAGGUGUCCACAAAUGGAACAGCAUAUACACUGACUUUCUCAUUGGAGAUUCCUUCACGAAAUUUCACGUAAGUCCAAAACCUUCCCGUGAGUGAAAAACCACACAGAAAUAUUGCAUCUCGCGAUAACGACCUGCACAGGACGUUAAGGCUGUUCUGUGAAUUUACCUUGCGUAUUUUUUAUCAGAUAGAAAUUUAUUUGUAGACAUUUUUACGUCCUGGCUUUGGAAUUAAAAGAUGGACAGGAAAGUCAAUCUCCAGCAAGUUAUCGAAACAAUGAGUUAGUGACGUACACUGAGGCAGAAAAGUCAACCGACCCAAAACCUUAUAUCGCUGCAAUAGUAACAUCAAAGGAUGAAAACAUGUUUAUACUUGGUGAUGGCGGAAAUACAAGUAAUCCAACAUCACGAAGACACAGAUCAACCUCGAGUGAUUACUAUAAUGGUCCGUUGGAACCUGGCACUAGUUACAGUAUUUUUCAAAGGAUUUUUAUUCAUAACAAGGUGUGGUAUUUGUUAGUUAUCACACUUUAGAAACAAAUAUUUCCUUGUUUAAAACCUGGUUUACACUAUCAAAAUUGAAAGUGGAAAGUUUAAGUUCUAAGUGUUGAAGAAUUUGUUGGAAAUGUUUGAGGGAACUGCCUGACUGUUAAACACGUAUUUUUAACGUACUUAGACAGACAAAUAUAUUAUCAACUUGUUUACUACAGGGUGAAUAUUACUCCACAGAUUGGAGUCCUGCUUCAAAAACGAACGAAUACUCAGGUACGUCAUUUAAGAAAAUUCUACUGAUACUUGAGCUAGAUAUCUGUUGUUAUCCCAACGAAAUAUACUACUUUUACAGGAAUUGAAAAGUAAAUUUACGGAGACAGUACAUUAUUUCAAAGUUUUAAAUGAUUUUGUAUAUUUCUGUUUCCCAGGUGGCCCUCGCGUAUUGACCAAGAUAUCCAGUGGUGACAUAAAGGCAAAGGAAGGUGAACUUGUCAACCUACUGUGUUCUGCUCAAGGUGAACUUCCAAUUACUUCCACCUGGGAAAAAGAUCAGCAGCCACUGGAAAGUUUAGUGAAAAUAAAACAGCCUCAUCGCAGUUCUUUCCUUGUUGUAACAGUGCAAGACCAAACAAGUUUUGGAAAGUAUAUCUGUCUUAUCCGAGAUCGAUUUAAAAGCACUACUACUCAUACAAUUUCGAUCCAAAAACUUAAAGAUACAGGUACCACUGCAUUCGAUUAA